AUGAAGCUUUUCGAGCGAUCCCAAAAAUUGCUGUCGAAACUUUAUACCACCACACGUACCUUGCUCCAAUCUUCUCAUAUCCGCGAUGACAUCAAAGUUCAAAGCAGCUACGUCUUCCCAGCAGAGUCAGAGUGCCAUGAAGCCACAAUAAUGGGGUUACCAUCUCGAUGUUCCCUACCCCCCGAUCAGUAUGAUGCUAUGUGCAAUGAAUUAGCUCAACUAGCGGCGGCGAUCACUGAGUUCGAACCGGUUCGACUGUACGCGAGGCCCGAAGACAUCCAAUUGGCCGAGUCCUUAGUCAAGACUUUUGUGAAAGAUACAUCGAAAAUAUCUGUCAUUCCGUGUCCAAUCAAUCACUGCUGGGUGCGCGACACAGGCCCAGUCUACGUACGCGACACAACAGGAGCAUUCCCAAAUCAACGGUUCGCAAUCAACUUCCGGUUUAAUGAAUGGGGUGGGAAGAAACCCGAAGACGACGGAAUUUGCUGGGGUCAGCGAUGGCCCGUGAUGAAUGAAAGGGCACUGCAGGAAAACACUGAUUUCGCGCGGUGGGUAAUCGAGCACGACUGCGAGCCUAGCCCCGUUACGCAGGUCGAGACUUCGAUUCGCGCCGAGGGCGGUGGUCUCGUUACCGACGGCGAGGGAACCUUGCUUAUCACGGAGAGUAGCAUUGUAUGCGAUAUGCGCAACCCAGGGUUGUCCAAGGGCGAGAUCGACACGGAGCUGAAGCGAGUGCUCGGGAUCGAAAAAGUGAUUUGGUUCCCGGGGCGGCGCGAUGUGGAUAUUACCGAUGUGCAUAUGGACGCUGAGGCAAGAUUCGUGCGCCCUGGUGUCAUCGCUUACUCUAAACCACAUGCCAUUGCGCCAGACUUGUGGAAGGAGUUGUCUAUGGAGAUCUGGGAGAUUCUGGAUCGUGAGACGGACGCUAAGGGUCGGCGCUUGCAGAUCCACACUAUUGAAGAACCCGACCCACGAGGCUUGGUCAAAUCAGAACACGAUGAACUUUCGGCCAGUUAUGUAAAUUUCUAUUUUGUUAACGGGGGUCUGAUAAUCCCUAAAUUCGGUGAUGGAGAAAGGGAUCAACAGGCUUUGGAGAUGUUUCAGCAGUUGCUCCCUGAGCGGGAGAUUCGGCAGGUGUAUGCUAACGCUAUUCCCCUUACUGGUGGAGUUCUUCACUGCGUGACCCAGCAGGUUCCUGCAAUGAAUUGA